AUGAUGAGUACCAAGCGCGCCGAAGUCCUCCUAGGAAGUGGAAAUUAUUUCCAUUGGGAGUUCAAUAUGAGGAUGUCGCUCGCCAGAAAAGGACUGCUGGCGCACGUGGAGGUGGUCAAGGCGGAGAGUGAGAUAACGGAAGCUUGGUUAGUAAAUGACGCAAAGGCUCUCGGCAUCAUCGCGCAGGGUGUGGAACUACAACACCAGACAAAGAUCCGUUCGUCGACGCGUGCUAUUCAAGCGUGGGUAACACUUAGGGAGUUCUACAAUCGCACUACACUCCACAAUCGGGUCACGAUGAUACGGCGCCUCCACGAAUUCAAGAUGGAUGCUGGAACGGCCAUGGCAAAGCAUUUGGACGCUUUCGACGAGCUCGUUGUCGGUCUUCAGACGCUUGGAGAGCCCGUCGACGAGGCACGGCAGCUAGUAGUGCUGCUGAGCAGCCUUCCAGCCGAAUACGAGCUGAUAUCGUCGAUCAUCGAGAACGUCAAGGACAUCACGCUCUUCGAGGUGAAAGAGAAGCUGUUGAAGGAGUGUGAACGGUUGGAGAAGAAAGAAACGACUUCGGAACGAGCAUUUAAGGUCAACGCUGGACGUUUCAAGGGCAACAAGAGGAGUGGUCGCAAGUGGAGCGAUCAGAAGAAGAACUCUAGUGGUUUCCAAGGCAAGUGUUUCAAGUGCAACAAAGUUGGGCACAUGAAGCGGGACUGUCACGAGGGAACAACAGACGGCGAUGCGGUAUUUGUUGUGAGCACAGAACGUGUAAACGGAUGGUUGAUCGACAGCGGCGCGACCGCCCACAUGACCCCGCACCGUUCCGAUCUGUUCGAGUAUGAGAACGUGAAUGGUGGCAUCGAAGUAACAAUCGCUGACGGAAAGAAGCUGCAGGUCACUGGACGUGGUACACUACGCUUGCUUGGACUGGACGGUAAACGGAUUAAGAUGGUUGAAGUUCUUCACAUACCGGGCCUCGAUCGGCGCCUGUUGUCAGUGGGGAAGCUCGCGGAUCGUGGACUGAACGUGGAGUUUCAGCGUUCCUCAUGUGUUAUAUGGGGAGCGGCUAGCGCAAUUGCGAAGGGUAAGAAGGUCGGCAAGGCUUACAUGUUAGACUGUGAACAAGAAGAAGCUCGGUUCGUCCAGUACGCCGGGGCUGACAGCAAGUGGGAGCUUUGGCACGCUCGCCUGGGGCAUCCCAAUCAGGAUGCUCUGGAUAAGACAAAGCAUGCCACGAACGGUAUUCCGGCUGUUGGUCAACCGCCCCAGUCUUUGUGCGGCGGAUGCAUGAAGGGGAAGCAAACGGUGGCUAAAUUUCCGCAUUGUUCCAGCUCGAAGACGUCGCGCGUUCUUGAGCUCGUCCACACGGAUAUGAUGGGACCAAUGAAUAAUCCUUCGAAAGGUGGUGCCAAGUAUGUCCUGACGUUCGUGGACGACUACUCGCGCUACGUUGUGGCCUAUUUCUUGAAAAAGAAGAGCGAGGUGGCCAUAAAGCUUAGAGAGUUCAUGACUUUCUAUGAGAAUCAAUGGGGAGAGCGCAUGAAGUGUUUACGAUCGGAUAACGGAACGGAGUUUGUCAACCAAGAGAUGACGAAGAUAUGUAUGCUGAACGGUAUCGUGCACCAACGGACUGUCCCGUAUAGCCCUCAGCAGAAUGGAGUGGCAGAACGGAUGAACCGAACUAUCAUGGAGAGAUCUCGAAGUAUGCUAUACUACAAGGGCGUUCCAAUGGAGUGGUGGGCUGAAGCAUUUAGUACUGCGGUAUAUCUAAUCAACCGUUCCACGAACACGCACAACGCAACCGUAACACCGUUUGAGCUAGGUUUCAAAGUGAAACCUACGCUAGAUCACCUACGCGUAUUUGGUUCUCGCGGGUACGCUCACAUUGACGAAGCGAAGAGGACGAAGCUUGAACCUAAGAGCUUUAGAUGUCUGCUGCUCGGAUACCCAGAAAACGUCAAGGGUUACCGUGUCUAUGACUUGGACGCUUCCAAGGUCAAAGUUUCUCGCUCGGUGAAAUUGGACGAGCGUGAGGUAGAUGGUAUUUACGAUACACUACCUGCUCAGAUCGAAACAGGUAUUCAUGUUAGCACAGACGCCGAUGAUGAAGUCACGCUCGCACCAGUGGAAGUUUAA